AUGACUUCCACUACUGAGAAAGUACUUCAAACAGCUGUCGACUAUGCCACGGGUGGGAGCGCCAAAGCCCGUCAGUUAGCAAAUUACACUAUCGACGUCAAAGGCUGUCCCCUCACGUCCUACUUUGGCGUUCCUCAAGCUGACACGGACACGUCGCUCAAAGCUGGCUCCCGCGGCCCCACGCUGCUCGAGGAUUACCACAAUAGGGAGAAGAUCUCGCACUUUGACCAUGAACGGAUCCCUGAGCGCGUCGUCCAUGCCCGUGGUGCGGCUGCUCACGGCGAGUUCGUCUUGCAUACACCCAUCCCAGAGCUCACGCAUGCGGCUGUACUGAACGAUACCUCGCGUCGCACGCCCGUCUUUCUCCGUUUCUCGACCGUUGCAGGCUCCCGCGGGAGUGCGGACACUGUACGCGAUGUUCGUGGGUUCGCAGUGCGAUUCUACACCGAAGAGGGAAACUGGGACCUUGUGGGGAACAACAUUCCUGUAUUUUUCAUCCAGGAUGCGAUCAAGUUUCCCGACAUCAUCCACGCCGUAAACCCCGAGCCGCAUAACGAGAUCCCCCAAGCCCAGACGGCGCACGACAACGCGUGGGAUUUCUUCUCCCUCACGCCAGAGACCUCGCAUAUGCUCAUGUGGAUCAUGUCCGACCGCGCCAUCCCUCGCUCGUUCGCAAUGAUGAAUGGAUUCGGGGUACAUAGCUUUAUCCUCGUCAACGCCGAAGGAAGACGGCACUUUGUCAAAUUCCACUGGAAGCCCAGGCUCGGCGUCCAUUCGCUGGUCUGGGAUGAGGCUCUCAAGCUCUCCGUGGGAAGACCGUCCGCGCGCGGGGGAGGGAAAUUCUCCGAGUAUAUCUCCCAGGCGCAGCUGUUCUACAACUCGAUGAGCGACGUAGAGCGGGAGCACAUCACAAGCGCCUUUUCCUUUGAACUUGGCAAGGUUGAUGACACUGGUAUCCACGAGCGCAUAAUCACCCGGCUGGACGAGAUCGACCAUUCCCUCGCAGCCCGGGUAGCGAAGAACAUCGGACAGCCGGUCCGACGGAACACGUGCAAGAACCAUGGCAUGCGCUCGGCAUUCCUCUCCCAAGUGGACAUCAAAGAGCAGACGUUCACUGCCAAAGGCCGCAAAGUUGGCAUCUUCCUCCAGGACGGGUUUGAUACUGCGCCCGUGCUCGCCUUGCAGUCUGCACUCAAGUCCGAGGGCGUGAUGGCCAUGAUCGUCGGUCCGCGCAAGGGCAGUGUCCAAUCCGGAUCCACGUCUCUCAGCACACAGUUCACAUUCGAGACCUGCCGCUCGACACACUUUGACGCAACCUACGUUGCUGGCGGUUCCGGCGAGAACUAUUCCAAAGGCUUAAACACGGGCAGGCUGAUCCACGCGGUGCGCGAAGCGUACAUGCACCAAAAGCCCAUUGCCGUUUCCGGCUCGGCGGUCGAGUGGCUCCAACGGGUCGUACUACCCUCCGAGGUGAGCCCGGCGAUGGUUGGAGAGGGAAAUGUCAAAGUCGAGAACGGUGUUGUCUUCCUUGCAGGUACAGGUGAGAGCGCAGAGUUUGGGAAGACGCUGCUCGCGUUGGUUGCUAAGCAUCGCGUGUGA